GUGGAGAUGAGGGGCCAGCUGAGGGCCUUGCAGUGGCUCACCUUGCAGGGCGCCGCCGGAACCCGUGACGCCCUGCACCUCGCGGGAGAUAUUGGGUUGACGCCGCUAGAGCCCGACUGGGCGCAGGCGCCAGUGGCGAGAGGCAAAGAAUAUGCACGGAAAGUGAAAGAGCUGGGCAGGGUACACGGUCUCGGGACCCCGCGCGGCCAAGUGGCGGCAUCGCUCGUGGAGGAGAUCGCGCAGAUACUCGACACUAAGAGCGACCUCGACGCGCCGAUGCAGUUUGUCAAGCAUGCACUGAAAGAGUUCAUGGCGCAGCUCGACCAGCCGUGGGGGCCCAUGGUCAUCGCGGAGGUCUUCCUGCAGUGCAGAAUCCAGGAGGCGCGCAACAAGAACAGCGACGAGGAUGUGGAGUUGGACACCAAGCAGCGCAAGGCGAAGCUCACCAGAGCGAUCAACUCGCCGCCGAGCUUCCGCGCAGCGUUGCACGACCAGACGCUAGAAAAGACGCAGUACGGCACGCUCCUGGACUUCAAGGGGCAUGUUCAAGCAGGCCCGGGGACGGGCCUGGAGAGGGCGAGGGCGGUGGAGGCGCAGCUCAACAG